UCAGAAAGUCUUUGAACUAUGAUACCUAAUAACAUUCCGUCAGAACGUAUUUAAAUUGGUUAUGUCGUCAGGUUAGGUUUGAAGUCUUUAAUUUCCGGCGUAAUUAUUCCUUGUUCGACAAAUAAGGUUUGGGCAUGCGUAAAACACCUAAUCCAUCAAUCCAGUAGGAUUAAUUUGGUCAAAAAGCCUGUAAAUGUAAAAACAAGUUAGGUUUGUCAAUGAAGUGAACGAAUGUGACAUGAUAAGUUCGGACUUUCCACACAGCGUUUUCCCUUGCCAGUGCAGCUGUAGAAGUGGGACGGUUUUUCCGUGAUUGAACGUCAAAUCGUGUGACAACACGUCAAUGUUGACUUUCUGCCUUCGGAAGACAUCCAUAAAUGCAGUGCUUGUGCUUUGUCCUCAAAACUUCGAGGUGGGUCGGGCAGGUGCCGCUGCGCACCCUGUGGGAACAUAUCCUUACACACUUUGGGUCGUUUGCCAGAUGCAUAGUGGCGUGAGACUCCUUUCCUGGAAACAGCCCGAUUGGACUACAGAGCAGCUGAAGGGGUUAUAAUUUCAAAACUCUAUCACUUCAUAUUUUCCAAAGAGAGUUUGUCCAGGUCGAGCACGGGCGCGUUGUAUUUUUGCGUGUGCGUAAAAACUGAGGAUGAGAAAGGCACUAGCGCACUUCGGUUGCUGCUUUCAUUUGUUGACGACUUAAAGAUUUCCAACCACCUUCCUAUUGUAGCGUGGAAGGUGUUUUAUAUAGAUGUCCACUCAACUGGAAAGAGGCCCACAGCUAGAUGACACAAAACUUGACUCACUCAAAUCCGAAUGUGAGGGAGAAAUUGACGUGGAGAGCCUUGACGGGUGUGUGCCCGCGGCGCGUCACGGCAGCGGCGGGAAGGGAGCCGAAGUGACUGAGGAGCAGCAACAGCAGCCCACGCGCAGGCUGACCCGGAGCCCCAAGUGCGCUCGCUGCCGAAACCACGGAGUUGUGUCAUGCCUGAAAGGUCACAAGCGCUUCUGUCGCUGGCGUGACUGUCAGUGCGCAAACUGUCUCCUCGUAGUAGAGAGACAACGAGUGAUGGCCGCCCAGGUCGCCCUAAGGAGACAGCAAGCCACGGAGGGCAAGAAAGGCCACAGAACGACCCCUGCGCUUAGACGCAAAGCCUGCCAGCGCUACGCACGAACACCCAGCCUUCUAGUCAAAAGUAUUCUUGAGGGCUCCAAACCUCCUCUGGUUGAAGAGGACUCCUGGCUGAAAAGGAUCCACUACCCCUCCAUCAGCGCGCGAAUGCGGAAGCGGCGUGCCUUCGCCGACAAGGAGCUGGAGAGCGUCAUGCUGGAGCGAGAGCUGAGGCACAAGGAGAUGCAGGAGAUGUCCGGGCUGGUGCUUCUUCACCCUCCUCUCUCCCCUGUCUUCAGAGACCCCCUGUUUGCAGAGCCUGGGCUGCCCGCCUAUGUGCCCUUCUACAGAGGCAACCCACCGUUGUUCGACUGCAGCCUCUUCUGCCAGGCAAGCGAACAACUCAAACCCCGGCCUAUGGAGGUCAGUUACAAAGACAACCUGCCCAAACUUUCUCUGGCAGUGGAGCACUCAGUCCCUGGCAGAGAGGGAGUACUGGACCGGUGGGGGGCUUUGGAGGACACGAGGGCCCACCAUGAGUCUGUGUUACUGCCCACGCCACACACACAGUUCAGGCCUGGCACAGACUCCACCAGGCCCAUGGAGACAGAGAGGGCUUUGACUAAAAGUGUCAUUGUUGACCAGCCUAGGUUGACACAAAACAUGGCAGCCAGCAUAGUCCAUGAGCCCAGAACGGCCAGUCAACAUGGGCUUAACAAACUCUGCAGAUCAACAUCACAUACAAGCUCAGUUAAAAACACUGGUGUUCGGCCUUUGCCCUUUUCUGUGGAGUCUCUAUUGAUGAGGUAAUUAGCUCAUACAGAAAGAUCACUCAAGUCAUAAUUGCUGACAUGACAUAUAUUACAUUAGGACUGGCUGUUUGCUGCAUUUAGGAAUGUAUCAGAAAUGCAAUAGUUUUGUGUCAUACAUGCAAAAUGCAUUAUCUAACAUCAAAAAGGGACUAUGUUAUGAAAAGUGUACUUGAAAAUGUAAUAAAGGUUGUUAAAAUAAAAAUUUAGCUAGAACAUCAAAUUCCAGCAAUUUGACACUACUUCCUAUAACUGAUAUAUUUACAUUUUAUAUGGCUUUGUAUUAUAGAACUAAGAAAUCUGACUUUUUUAGAGUUUUGGAGAGCUUUACAUUUGUGUGACUACAUACAGCAUUACCUUUUUGUAUUUGGUAUCAGGACAUCUUUUGUAAACUUAGAAACAUAUUGUUACCUUUGCCUCAAAAUAUAAAGAAAACCUGCAUAUACACUGGCAUAGUUCCUAUCUUUCUUACUCAGUGUUGUUUAUCACCUAGUUUUCAGAUCCGCACGUAACAUUCUCAACACCCUUCAUAGUUAAAGUCAA